AUGUCAGGGAUAAAUAUCACACUACGCGACCUCCAUUGUCAAGCCACACCCCCACACUCUCAGCCACACCCCAACACCCUUUCUACUCCUACACCCUCAGCCACACACCAAAACCCUGUCUACUCCCUCACCCCCACCCUACCUACUCCUACACCCUCAGCCAUACCCCCAAACCCUGUCUACUCCCACACCCCCACCCUACCUACUCCUACACCCUCAGCCACACCCCCAAACCCUGUCUACUCCCACACCCCCACCCUACCUACUCCUACACCCUCAGCCACACCCCCAAACCCUCAGCCACACCUCCAAACCCUAUCUACUCCCACACCCUCAGCCACACCCUAUCUACUCCUACACUCCCAGCCACGCCCCCACACACUAUCUACUCCUACACCCUCAGCCACACCCCCAAACCCUAUCUACUCCUACACCCCCAGCCACACCCUAUCUACUCCUACACCCUCAGCCACGCCCCCACACACUAUCUACUCCUACACCCUCAGCCACACCCCCACACCCUCAGCCACAUCCCCAAACCCUAUCUACUCCCACACCCUCAGCCACACCCUAUCUACUCCUACACCCUCAGCCACGCCCCCACACACUAUCUACUCCUACACCCUCAGCCACACUCUCAGCCACACCCCCACACCCUAUCUACUCCUACACCAUCAGCAACACACCCACACCUUAUAUACUCUCACACCCUAG